AGCAACUGCAUCUCCCAUCAACUGCUGCACAAGUCACAAUGUCUUAUCCAGUCAGUGCUCAGCCCCAGGGUGUUCAAGGUUAUAUGAGCAGCAACAGCAGCCAAUGGAAUUCUGAUGUCUUCGACUGCUGUGAAGACAUGGGCACCUGUCUAUGUGGAACAUUCGUACCCUGCAUUUUGGCUUGUAAAGUGUCUAAGGAUUAUGGAGAGUGCUGCUGUCUGCCAUGUCUGUUUGGCUCUGUUCUUGCCGUAAGGACAGGAAUAAGGGAGCGCUACCACAUUGAGGGUUCCAUCUGUAAUGACUGGGUGUGCCUCUCGUUCUGUGCCCCAUGCACUCUCUGCCAAAUGGCUCGGGAACUAAAGGCCAGGAACUGAGAAGACUAGAAGAUUGGGGGAGGGUAUGGACAGGUCAAGAAGGACCUAACACCUUCCUAUUGGUUGAUAAAAUAAAACUACUGGACCCAUGAAGACCCUCACUUACCCCCACAUGCAUCAAUGCAGCUGGCUACAUAGAAACAUAUUAAUCCCAUUAUGUAUAUAUAUACCUGUAUCUACUGGAUAUCAAGAGAAGUAACAACUGAGUAAAUGGCAACAUUUUAUAGAAAACAAAAAGGUUUUAACUGAGAAAUAAAGGAGAGCUCCUCAUCCUCUCCAACCCUGAUAGACUAUCCUUAGAUAUUUAUUUUAUGUUGAUAUUAAAUCUUAGACAAGGCUGAGGCUGGUGGCUUUUAUAAAAUAGGAAACCUCUGUAUUUGCCCAAAUCAGCUCAGCUUUCUGAUAUUGGCUGACAUGAUGGGAGUUGUACAUGAACACAGUUCAUAGAGCCUCCCUGAAGAGGACCUGAACUUUCCAACGUAAUCACAGCAGAUGACCAGGGUGAUAUCAGUAUACAAUAUUAUAUUGGUAUCAUGUAUUUACAAAAAUUCAUUAUUCUAUAGUCAUAUGGUUUGGAAAGUGUGUUUUUGAGAACAUCAGGGAUUUCAAUAGGAGAUUCCUCAAGUCAAUGGAUCAGGAUCAACCCUUACAAUCUAGGUUGUAUAUUUGCAACUACAGUAUCACUGCGCAAUGUGUACCCGAGCCACAGUCUGUAACAUUACUCUGGUUUUGCUUGUUUACUAAUUAAAUAUUAAUAAAUAUUUUUGUAAUUAACAACA